AUGAACAAUCUAAGGGCGAACAAAGCAGGUGGUAGUCCCAUAAGUAAAACUUACGCACCAUCUAACAGCAAUAAUAAUGGAGUGUAUGAUCAGCCUACAGUCGAUAGUGAUUUAUUACAAGAACAGAAACAAGAAAUAUAUGAAGCCUUUUCACUGUUUGAUAUGAACAAUGAUGGAUAUUUAGAUUUUCAUGAAUUUAAAGUAGCAUUACGUGCAUUAGGAUUCCAAUUAGAAAAAAAAGAAAUAUUAGAUUACAUUAAUCGAUAUGAUCGAGAUGGUCGUCAUUUAAUGCAAUAUGAUGAUUUUUUCACAGUUGCAGGCGAAAUGAUUUUAAAGAGAGAUCCAAUCGAAGAAAUAAAGAGAGCAUUUCAAUUAUUUGAUGAUGAUCAUACGGGCAAAAUAUCAUUUAAAAAUUUAAGACGAGUUGCACAGGAGUUAGGUGAAAAUAUGAAUGAUCAAGAAUUGAGAGCAAUGAUUGAAGAAUUUGAUAUGGAUGGAGAUGGAGAAAUUGAUGAAGACGAAUUCAUUGCGAUUUGUACAGAUAAUUAA